AUGUCGAAUAAUAAUAAACAUUUUCCAUUACCCUAAACAUUCGAUUAAGAAAAUAUUCCAACUAUACCUAAGGUGUAAUACCCUUCCUUUGAACUCCAAGAUUAGAAUUAAUUGACUUAUAAUUAAUAUGCUCAACCUAUUUAACAAGGAUAUCCAAUCUAAUACUCUCCAACAUUUUAAAAUUGUAUAAUAUAUCUAAGAUAUCAAACAUAGCUUAAAUUUCAAUUCAAUCGAAUUCUUCAGUUGUUGUGAGUUGCUAUUAUUGCCAAAAGCAGGUUCAAACCAUUGUUUCUUAUGAAGCCGGAGCAGGAGCCUAUUUAGUUGGAGGAGUCCUAGCCGCUUUAGGACUAUGGUUAGGGUAUCAAUUAAUCCAAAUUAUUUAUAGUUGUUGCUUGAUUCCUUGUUAUCUAAAAGAUUGUCAGGAUGCAGUUCAUUUCUGCUCCUAAUGUUCUGCCUAAUUGGGAAGAAAAAAGUUUAUAUUUUGAAACAGCUAUCAUUAUCC